AUGUCCACCCCAAAUUCCUCAACGCCCCAGACGACGAGCGAGACCGUCCCCGAGACUGUUCCAGAACGACCACACCUCCAACCCUCGGCCCAGCCAUCGUUAUUUGGCGAUGCGUCUGUUGACCAUGCUGUCGCAGGCUUCGGCGCGGGCACAGUCGCGACCCUCGUAAUGCACCCACUCGACCUCGUCAAAGUCCGUUUCCAACUGGCUGAUGCCAACGCGCCAAAACACCGUCUCGGGAGAGGCGUGUAUGAUGCCCUCGCGGAUGCGGUGCGCGCAGACGGGUGGAGAGGGCUGUAUCGCGGCCUCAUACCGAAUCUCGUGGGCGGAGCGAGUUCGUGGGGGUUGUACUUUCUGUUCUACAACAUGAUCAAGCAGCAGAUGCAGGGCGGUGACCCGACAUAUCGCACUACUGGAGGCCAGCACCUCCUGGCAGCAGCCGAGGCCAGCGCCAUCACAGCAAUGCUCACCAACCCGAUCUGGGUAGCCAAGACGCGUAUCUUUGCAACCCCAUCGCACGACCCGCACGCAUACUCGGGAUUACUUAACACGCUCGGCAGAAUCUACAAGACAGAAGGCUGGCGGGGGCUGUAUCGCGGCUCGCUCCUCGCUCUCGUCGGUGUAUCAAACGGUUCCAUCCAGUUUGCAACGUACGAGGACCUGAAGCGGCGACGGAUUGACGCUAAACAUCGUCGAUUCGUCAAGGCCGGCCGGAAAUGGUCCAUCGAGGACGAGAAACUCUCGAAUACGGAAUACAUCCUUGCAUCGGGAGCGUCCAAGUUUGUCGCUAUUGCAUUGACGUAUCCGUACCAGGUGGUACGGGCGCGGAUCCAGAACGGGCCCCCGGGUCUCACGAUCCCCGACGUUGUUAAGCAGACAUGGCGGGGCGAGCGCUUGCCUGGUUUCUACAAGGGAUUGGCGACCAACGCACUCCGCAUCCUGCCCGGCACGUGCACGACAUUCGUGGUGUACGAGAACCUGGUGUGGUUGUUCCGCAAGGUCGCGGCUAGGAGGGACCGGAGGGAGGCAUCUCGCGAGGUGCUGGCGUAG